UGUGGACAAGUUACUUCACUUCCCCUUUGCUCGCUGUGCUUCUACUUAGGCAAUACCUCCCGUUAGUUUCAGUGCUUGCUUCAGUUCCUGUUACAUGGUGGCUAAAAUGUAGAUUUAGAGGGGAAAAUGCGACGGUAGUGGAACAGUCUGCCACAAGACUGAGUAAAGACGUUUGUAAACCUUUUUAAAUUUUAUCCUUAAACCUCUCAGGUCUAAAUGUAGUUCAAAAGGCGAGUUCCUUGAGCUCUGGCUGUGGGAUAAAAGAGAUGUAUCCCUUUUUGGUCACAUUCAUCUUGGUUCUAGUCGUCUCCACAUGCAAAGGCCAGCGCGAGAGAGACAGUGAUGUCAGUCCUAAAGAUCCAUACAUUGAAGCAGGAUCCAGUAUCAAAAUUGUGUGCCACACUCGUGUCCAUGGUCGAAUCUACUGGAAGCUGAACAACAAAGUCAUCGAUGAGAGCCUGUCAGACACCAUUAACACCACACACACUGUCCUAACACUCAGGAACUUCACUGAGCACAGUGCUGCACUGCAGUGCCACAGUAAGACUACUGGAGAGAUCCUUGGAGGCACUAUUAUCAAAACAUACACCAAACCAAGCAACAUAUCAUGCAUCUUAGAUUAUGAUACUCAAGAAGCAAUUGGUGUGCCAGACGUACUAAUAUGCAACUGGGAUCACUGGAUUAACCCUUCUAAGGAGAUAAACUACACCGUACUGAGUGCCUCUUCGUAUCAUCCCUCCCAGAAGGAAAUCUGCAGCUCACGUGGAACAACAUGCACAUGCAGAUAUAAAAUGAAAUCUGAUGAAAUAAUACGUCUUUUGGGAAGUUUCAAUGUCACCGUGAGAGCCAAAUCUGCCGACUUUGAAGCUUACUCUGAAACUCAAGAAUUUACCUCAUCUCACAUAUGGAAAGUUGUCCGUCCAAAGUUAGAUGUAACUACCUGUCCUGGGGGUCUUAUGGUUAAUUGGACCCAAAUGGAUAGCGUAACAGGGGUUCCCUGUCACUGUCAAGUCAGAUAUAGCAAGGCUAUCAAUGGAAAAACCCCAGAGUGGGUGAUUAAUAAAACUCUUGACUGUGAAGAAAAGGGGAAGAUUAUUAUUGAUAAAGUGGAAUCCUGCACUACCUAUAAAUUUUCAGUGCGCUGUGCCAUAGACGAGGCCCCCUGGAGCGACUGGAGCCUGGAGAAGAAAGUUCUGACCAAACUCAACAUGACUGAUGUAAAGCUGCAUCUUUGGAGAAAAAUUGCUGAACCAGACAAAAAUGGUUUCAGAAAAGUUCAUGCCAUGUGGACGGGGAUUCCUUCAACAUGCAGAGACAGAUUAAUCUACAUGAUGAAGCUGAUUCCCUUGAAACACAACAUACCAGGACUAAAUUACACUGAAUUUACAUGUGGCAGAUCAACUUGUGAUGUUGAUGUGAAUCAGGAUGCACACCGAAUUCUUCUCAAAGUCUCCCAAAAUGACACACUGUCUGUGGUGGACUCCGUUUAUGUUCCAGCAGCUGAAGAAAGCCUCCCUCAAGUUACUGACAUCCAAACCUCAACCCUUGAAGGUGUUAUCCAAGUCACAUGGAAGGCUCCGGCCCAGCCUGUCAGUGGUUAUAUGAUCGACUACACCCACGAGGGAAAUCAGUACUAUUGGAAGGAGAGUAAAUACACCAAUGUAACACUGAAGGACCUGGCAGACAAAAAGCCAUACAACAUUACAGUAACUCCACUCUCUGAUGGUAAGGCAGGUCAUGGGACACAAGCUCUUCAAGUCUGCUCCAGAGUCGGAGAUCCAGGGAAUGUCACCAUCAACAAUGUUCAGGCUUAUGACAAAAGUGCCUUCGUGAGCUGGGAUGUGAAGACACAGGAGGUGUGCAGUGGAGUUGUUGUCAGAUACACUGUCUUUUACAGUGCACAGAAAGGACCUUAUCUCAAUGCCACUGUAGAUAGCACAAGGCAGUUCAUCUCUUUGAAAGAUUUGACUCCAGACACCCAGUACCAUGUCUACGUCCAGGCAACAGCUCUUACUAGCACAACCCAAAGCAGUGAAAGGCUGUUUACAACUAAGAGAUUUGACCCACGGCUGGUCACAGCUCUCCUGGUCUGUGGGAGCAUCACUAUGGUUCUGGUGUUAUGUCUUGGAUUGUGCUGUGCUAUUCAGUGGAAAAAAUUCAAGGAGAAGCCUGUGCCAAACCCUGGACUCAGCUCUGUGGCCGUGUGGUCAUCAGAAAACCAUCAAGAGAGAACAUGCUCAGUCCAGCCAUUCAAUACUCCACAUGAAAGCCACUGUGACAGAGUCUACCCAGAGGAACUUGGUAGAACAUCCACCCCUCCUCUAGUCACAGGCUGUACAAGUUACCCAUGCAGGGACCAGAUGGAAGAGUACACGGUCCCAGAUGUAGUUCCUGUGCCAGACUUAAAGAACAAAGACUUGGAUGACUCAGAGGAGACGCUGCAUCCAUCGUCUUCUGGAGAAUCCACAGCUCUGCUUCUUUCUGAAAACAACCAGUUCAGCCCAUAUCGAAGUCAAAGCUCACAGGAAGCUCCUGCACAGAGGAUCAGCAAACAAAGUAAGUGUUCUGCAGGGAAACAGCAAGAAAAUACAACCCUGGCGACUAUUUAUGUCACUCUGGACAUGUUUGAUAAUGGCAAAGUACAGCUGAGAGAAAUGGAAACCAAACCCUGAGACAUUCAAAGAAACAAGCAACUAAUCUCCCCUGAAUGAUGCAGUUGUGAAUUAAUCUUUCCAAAGACCUCUAUGACUUUAAGUGGCAUUAAGUGUACAGUGUUGUUAAUUAGUAUCUGUGGUAUGAUUCAUUAUUACAAGAUUCUUAUCAGCUAUGUCAGAACUUGUAAUAGUUUUAACCUGCUUGCCUGAUUCUGGAAAACUGUCUCUCAAACGUGGAUAAAUGUAAAGCUAUAUUGCUGAAAGUGUAGCAUUUUUUUGUCCACUUAUUUUUACAUACAGUCAUGGACGAACGUAUUGGCACCCCUGGAAUUUUUUUGGUCAUUGUCCUGUGGAACACCCAUGACCUCUGACGCAGACCCAGCUUUCUGACACUAGGCCAUACAUUGCAGCCCAAAAUCUUUUCAUAGUCUCCAGAUUUUAUGAUUCCUUGCAUGCAGUCAAGGCACCCAGUGCCAGAGGCAGCAAAACAACCCCAAAAUAUCUUUGAACCUCCCCCAUGUUUGACUGCAAGUACUGUGUUUUUUUCUUUGUAGGCCUCAUUCUGUUUUCUGUAAACAGUAGAAUGACAUGCUUCAGGUGUGAUUUCUAUAUUGCCAGCACCUGUUACUUGCCACAGGUGAGUUUGAAUGAGCAUCACAUGCUUGAAAUAAAAUGAUUUACCUACAGUUUUAAAUGGGUGCCAACAAUGUUGUCCGGCCCAUUUAUGAGUUUUGUGUAAAAUUAUGUCAAUUUUACCUUUUGUCUUCUGUUUUUUUUUUUUAAUGUGUUGUUCCAAUGCACAUAAAUGAAAUAUACAUGUGUUUAUUUCUGGGAGAAAUGCUGCAUUUUCUGGAAAAAUUGCCAAUGCUUCCAUCCAUGACUGUAUGCCAACAAUAUUGUAUUCUCUUGUAUUAAAUGGGACACGUAAAGCUACAGAAACUGCCCUUCACAAGCUAUUUACAAAUGUUUGCAUGAAUUAUCAGUGUUUUUAAUUGUUGUUUGUUGUAUUUUAAUGUUGCUUAUAAUGUGCUAAUAACCAAAAGACAAUUUAACUAAAACCAAAGUUUUUUUUAACUACAGUAUUGUUAAAGACAUUUUGUAUCGUAUAUUUUUGUUCUUUUAAACAACUGUUUUUGUACAGUUGUAAAUAUUCUCAUGACUCUUGUGUAAUUUUCUUUCACAUCCUUUGUAUAUUCAAGCUAAACAUAUGACAUUGGCCACAACAGAACUCUGGAUUUCACAAUGCAGAGUUCUGUUGUGGUACUUUGUGUAAUUUCCUGCAACACUGCAAGGUGUGUUUUGUCUUCAAAAGCUGUAAAAACCAAAAACUACACAGAAGUUAUAAUAAUAUGUUAAAUAAAGAGUAAAAUAAAA